AUGAGACCUCCUGUCUCAGCCCCACCACCUGAAGCACACGCCACAGAGGACAAUAAAGAAUCCCAUCACGUCCAAGGAAAUGGCCAUCAUGGUCGUGGUCGAGGAAAGUGGAACGGAUGUGGACGUGGCCGAAGCUCCUUUGGCCGCGGGCGAGGGAAUCAACAUGGUAGAGACCAUGGGCGUGACCGUGGCUCAUUUGGAAGAGGUCAUGGUCGCGGCCGUGGAUCUUCAUUCAAACCUCAACACUCGACCAACUCAAGCAAAUCAGUGUGCCAUAGAUGUGAAAUGAACGAGAACAAGGAUGUACUCGUUGUGGACAGUGGGUCGAGCCACACGAUCUUAAAAGACAAGAGAUACUUCAUAAACUUGACACUAAAAAAUGUCAACAUCUCCACCAUUGCGGGUAUAGCUAGUCUCAUAGAGGGUCACGGCCAGGCUAAUAUCAUGUUGCCUAUGGGUACACAUCUUGAGAUAUCAGAUGCCUUGUAUUCACCCAACUCUAAGAGAACUCUAUUAAGCUUUCAAGACAUUUGA